UUGGAGCCGACCAUGGCAGAGCCAAACUCAAACUAUCAAUUGUUUGGACCAGAGGGGAAUGUGGCCUCCUAAUUAAUCACUAAGGUCAACUACUUUUCUAAGUGCUAAAAUUUCAGUGUGGAGCUUCAUCUUCACAGCACAGGCUAACCCUAAUGCUUCCUGUGUUUCUUGUUUCCUCGUAGUCGCUGAACUGGAAAAUGAAUUAGAUCGAGUGAAGUCGUUUCUCAAUAAUGUCCUAACACACGCAGAAAUUAGACAAAACGAACAUAUUCCUUUACAAAAAGGCGACUAAAAAAAAUUCGGAAAAAAAAAGUUUCCAGAAAUGGCGAUGGCCGGUUUGUAUAAACGACUCCUUCCUUCUCCUCCUGCAAUCGAUUUCGCUUCCUCGGAAGGAAAGCAACUUUUCCUGGAGGCUAUUCAAGGUGGAACAAUGGAAGGCUUUUAUAGGUUGAUUUCUUACUUUCAGACUCAAUCUGAACCAGCGUACUGUGGAUUGGCCAGCCUUUCCGUGGUCUUGAAUGCCCUUGCUAUUGACCCUGGAAGAAAAUGGAAGGGACCUUGGAGGUGGUUUGAUGAAUCUAUGUUAGACUGUUGUGAACCUCUGGAUAAGGUCAAGGAGAAAGGCAUCUCAUUUGGGAAGCUUGUUUGUUUGGCUUACUGUGCUGGUGCAAAAGUUGAAGCUUUCCGCACAAAUCAAAGCACCAUUGAUGACUUCAGAAAGUAUAUAAUUGGAUGCACUUCUUCUGAUGAUUGCCACAUGAUCUCAUCAUACCAUAGAGGGAUUUUUAAACAGACAGGAACAGGCCAUUUUUCACCAAUUGGUGGUUAUCAUGUAGGAAGGGACAUGGUACUGAUUUUAGAUGUUGCACGUUUUAAGUAUCCUCCACACUGGGUCCCACUUUCACUUCUUUGGGAAGCCAUGGAUAGUGUUGAUAGAGAAACUGGACAACACAGAGGGUUCAUGCUUAUAUCUAGGCCUCAUCGAGAGCCAGGACUUCUCUACACGCUGAGUUGUAGGCAUGAGAGUUGGGUUGAUACUGCAAGGUAUUUAAUUGAAGAUGUUCCUAAUCUUGUGAAGUCAAAGGACUUUAAGGAUAUUGAGAAUGUUCUCUCUGUUGUUUUCACAUCACUCCCAUCAAAUUUUGGAGAGUUUAUCAAGUGGAUUGCAGAAGUUCGGAGACGAGAGGAUGCUGGUAAUGGUCUAAGCCAAGAGGAAAAAGGAAGGCUUGCUGUCAAGGAAGAGGUGCUAAAACAAGUGCAAGAAACUGGUCUUUUUAAGCAUGUUGUGGCUUUUUUAUCUACAGUAAAUUCUUGUUGCAGAAACAUGCCAUCUUUAGCUAUUAAACAUAAUCUGCCCAAUUUUUCUGCUACACUAUGUUGCCAAGGGGCAGAAAUUUUGGCAGGAAAGUUUGGUUCCUCGGAGAGGUUUUGUUGUCAGGAAACCUGUGUGAAAUGCUUGAAUAGAGAUGGAGAUGGUGAUAAGCCCAUUACCAUGGUGUCAGCGACUGUUGUAGAUGGUAACAGUCAGCAAGGAGUUGAUGUGCUGGUUCCUUCAAUUCACAUGGGAGACUGUGGCUCUAGUCAAAGUAAUUGCAUUGGAAUGUACCCAGCUGGAAAUGAUAUUUUAACAGUUCUCUUGCUCGUGUUGCCUACUGAAACAUGGUCUGGUAUCAAGGAUGAGAAGAUUUCACAAGAAAUUCAUAACCUCGUUUCAACAGAAAAUCUUCCAAGUUUGCUUCAAGAAGAGGUUUUGCAUCUGCGGAGGCAGCUUCACAUUCUCAAGAGAUGCCAAGAGAACAAGGUCGAUGAGGAUCUUGCUCCACCUCGCAUGUAGCUCCCUCUUCUUCCUGUGUGUCUAUUCUUUUAGCGGUUACUUCUAUCUCAUAAUGAAGGGACUCAUUUUACCUUGUGCUCGGAGUGUAUACACGAAUGCAUUGCACGAAGCCAUUUAUGCCGCCUUCUCAGGCCAUGCUUGGGGAAGCAAAUGGUCUUCCAGAGAUGAAAACAUGACCAUGAAGAGUUGAAAUGCAUUCGUCAGGGACCAAAUUUAGUCCUUGUAACCUGUUACAUUUAUGUAAUAAAAUUAUUCAUGAACUCGAA